AUGUAUACACUCUUUGGAGGCUGGGGAUCGCUAGCUGUCACUUUUCGGCACUGGCAUCGUCCAGCAUUCGUUCCCCCGUUUCGAUAUGAACUUUCACUGUACUGUACUUUUUCGAGUGCCCCCACUCUCAAACUUUUGGUCAAGGGAAGAUUCGCUUUUUAUUUUGCCUACGGAUUUUUUUCGGCUUUCCUCUUUUUCGGCGAAGGUAAGGAGAAUUUCGUUGCCCGCGGUUCAGAAAAGACACGACGAUCCACGCCACUGGAGCCCCAAAGACGCAACAACGGAAAUUAUUUCGCCGCAAGUUAGGAUGCUGAGCAAGGAUGAGAAUUGUACGGGAGGUAAAUGAACGACCAUGUUUUGCAAGGCGUCUUGCAUGUUAGAG